UGCUGUUGGCUGUAAACAAAUUGAAAAUCAAGUACGAAAUAUACACCCUAAUUCACUUAAAUGUUUACCAAUAAACACAGCCUUUUCGGGGAGAUAUUUUUUUUCAGGUGGUUUUCAUGAGUAGUCAUGCUUUAUUGGAAUUUGUCGAAGAAGUUGACUUAACAUAAAUUUCUUUUAACAAACUAUAUAUGAAGGUAAAUAAUACGAGUGCGAAUCAGUUACCGGUAUGUCACUAUACACACGAUGAAGAUGUCAUAUUGGCUGAAUGGUUAACUAAAGGCUGUAAAACUCACAAUAAAAACUAUGUCGAAAACGGCGUGAAAUGUGUAUGUGAUCAUCUAACAUCGUUUGUCAUUUUGAUGAAACCGGAGAAAAACGAGAACAACAUUUUGUCCUUGCUUACACAAGUUGGGUUGUCAAUUUCAAUCGUGUUUCUCAUAAUUACUCUCGUCACCAUCUGUGUUUUCAAAGAUUUAAGAAACUCGGAGAGAUAUAAAAUCCUGCGCCACUUGGUCAUCGCUUUACUUUGUGUUAAUUGCUUCUUUUUGUUACUCGAAGUUGAUGUAGAAAAAGAAUCGAUCGCAUGUAGUGUCCUUGCAGGUUUUUUGCACUACAGUCUCUUGGCAGCUUUCUCAUGGAUGCUGAUUAUAUCAACGGAUUUAUACAUGAAGAUCAAACGCCCGUUUGCUGAUCAUUCAAAGCGCUUCACUUACAGUCGGUUCUUUGGUUGGACCGGACCUGCCAUUGUUGUUGCAGUGACUGCUGGUAUAACAAGAAAAAACUACGCAUCUGAUGAGUGCUGGUUAGAUACUGAAUCUGGUACCAUUUGGAGUUUCAUUCCGAUCGUCUGCCUCACCAAUCUGAUUGUCAUCGUACAGUUGUGUGUUAUUGGCUACGUAGUGUUCAAGAAAUCUAAAAUACCGAACCAAUCUGAAGAAGAAAUGCAAAUGUUCAUUAGAAUCAGAAAUAUGUUUCAUGGUAUAUUGCUCCUUGCCCCAGCCGUGGGGCUUUCAUGGAUUUUUGGUGUCAUCGUCAUUUUUUGUGAUUGGAAAGUAGUGGAAUACAUCUAUGUUGUCUUGAAUUCCAUGCAAGGAUUCUUCGUGUGGCUCUCACAGUGCGCCUUCAGCAACGAGGUGCGGCAAGGCUACAGAAAAAGAGUUAGCAACCUGGUAAAUGACGAUAGUAGCGUCGCUACUGUAAUCAGUGUCACCUAUAACAGAAACCGGGUAGUUAUCGAACACAUGUAAUCACUGAAGACAUGUAUUUAUAGAAGAGAGUCGUUACAUAUCACUAUAUACAUUAAUACAUUAUUGAUGACCUUGUUCAACUACAAAGUGUAAUUAAAAAAAGUAAUUAUUAUACUCUGGUGAAAUAUUGUAUUUUAGUUACGUGUGCAUUAUUUACAUUACUCCUAUGAAUAAGUAAACUAUGACGGGGUGUUGCCAGGGGAUGCCGGGGUCCAUUGCCAAUUGUCGGAUAGAUCAUGACAGAUGUUUCAAAGGCUUAUUUAAUUACAUUUAGAGUUUAGUAAUAAUUUUUAAAAUCCAUAUAUAUUUGUAUUAAUAUCCCAUACAAUCUUAGACGAAAAAGUGAUGCAGGAAAUAUAAAUUUUAUCAGAUUAAUACAUAAUAAUCUUUGGUUAUGGUAUUACUUCGGUUUAUUUCUAAGUGCACCGUUGUGCAUUUUAAUUUUUUUAAUUUUUUUUUAUUAUGGAUACUGCAAACAAAGUUUUGUUGAAUUUAUACUUUCGUUCAUUAACUGCCUGCUUAGUUAUAUUUUCAUUAUGUAACGAAUACUUUAAGAAAGAAAACCAUUUUACGAGUACGGGGCAGUAUUAAGAUGAUCCCUUUUUAAGGGAUCACCUUCGAGACCGGAAAAAGUGUCCUCUAUAUAGGAAUUCUUAAACAGGGUUUGGUUUCGAGUGUAUACUAAUAAUAAUAAUAAUAAUAAUAAUAAUAAUAAUAAUAAUAAUAAUAAUAAUAAUAAUAAUAAUAAUAAUAAUAAUAAUAAUAAUAAUAAUAAAUUAUAUCAAAAGAUAAUAGAUAAAAAAGACAGAGCAGAACGUCCAUGAAAACAAUUUUCCUCCAUCCAAGCGGCACCGCUAUAAUCAAGGACACUGCUUGGGUUCCUUUGUUUUCUGUAGUUUCUCCACUCUGUCAAAUUCCCAAUAAAUUACUCCGCUAGUGGGAGGGCAGACUUGUUUACUUGUUUCCCAAGAGAGUCUUCUAUAGUCUGAUCCUCCUGAGUAUAGAGGCCAAGCAAAACGAUGCUUAUAGGUCUCUCGAAAAAAACAGUAUAUUUAAAAUUUAACAUAGGGCGCAAAUUUGAGCGGAUGGUCAGCCAAACGUACUUCGAUUGCAGAUUUAAAUAAAUUAAUUGAACUAGAGUUAACGUCUUCAUUCGAUAAAGAAUUCCACAGCUGGACUGACCUAAAUAAAAAAGCACGAUUUCUAAUAAGUGUCCUACAGUGCUGAUGUUUAAUCUUAAAGGAGUGACCUUUAGUUCUAGCACAUUUAUCAAACUCAAAAAAUAAAUCACCCGAAACCCUAUCAAUUCCAUGGACAAUUUUAAAAAGCUGUAAAAUAUCCGAUCUAUGUCCACGGAACGCUAGAGUUGGAAGAUUCAGAACGGACGUUCCACCAAGCUACGCGAAGAGCUCAUUCGUCUGAUAUACAGUAGCACUCUGUAUCAAUUUAUAUAUUUCGUAUUUUGCUUUAUGAUAUUUGACACACAUGCCCAAAUGCCUAUUUUCAUAUUAUUCAUUAAUAUUUAUAUUAUAUAGUGUCACUGUUCUAUAUAUCUACAAUAUAAUAUAUAUGUGUUUUGAUUCGUCUUAGAUGUAACUGAGUGUUACGCUCUUCGUGUUUUAUGUGAUAUUGUUGCUAUUUUGGUAUGAUUUGUGAAGAUUCAUUAAUUAAUAGUAUUUGACUUUACUUUAAGAUUUUUUUUUUUAUAAUAUUCCAAUAUUAGAUUACCAAAUUAAUUUCUUUUAGAAUUUUAGGUUUUGUUAGGAAUAUUUCUUAAAAGAUUUAGAUUUGUAUUAGCAUCAUAUUUUUUUUAUUCGAAACUUGAUAUUAAACUGCAUUACAUUUUAUUUAAUAUUAUGAUUGGUGUAUUCAUAUACCGGUAUCGGUUGCUUGUUGUAACUAUUUAUGAAUUUACUCAAAACGAAAGGUAUAAUGAUUAAAGCAAUACCUAAUAUUCAAAUAUGUAUGUUAGCAUUUUCCUCAAGUAUACAGUUUUAACACUAACCAAUUUAGUUUCUCACAUUGUCAAUUAUUGAUAUUCGAUAUGUUAUUCAUUUAGUGAAC